UUGGGGCUAUAAAUGCAAUGAUAGGCUUCGCCUUAAAGGGCAAGAAAUUAGCAGACAUAAACCCUAGCCGCGGAAGGCUUUGGUUGCAAAGAAAGUUCUCUCUCUAGCCUCUUAUCUCUUGUUGCAGAGGAAGUGAUCCGAUUUCGUUAUUGGCAACGACAUAGAUCCAGGUAUUCACAGUGGUUUCUCCCUUUUAUGUUUCCUCGUGUUUUUUAGGGUUUCUUUUUGCUUUGUUUUCUUUCAUGGCGUUUUCAGAGGCCAUGGCAUCCAGAUGGAAUGAUCUCCAUCUGAGUUCAGAUAUGAAGAUAAAAAGCUCAGAGAGUGGAGGAUCGGUCGAUCUGAUGAACAAAUUUGAUAAGGUUUUGAGCUUUUGCGAGAUAUGGGAAUGGUUCCUUGUUAAUUCCGUGUUUCCCUUGAAGUGAGUAAGUGGGAAUGGAAAGAUCUGAACUGUGUAAGUUCUUGGGUUUUUCUUUAAGAAGGUUGGUGAGAAAUACUGGAAGAUCUGAACUUUUCUUAUGAGAUGGAGAAGGUAUGGUUAUCUUUAUGGUUGGUGGAGCUUGUUUGGAGUGGAUUUCAUGCUGAUCUACUGGUUUGUUAUGUGAAGAUUUGAGAUCGGGAGAGAUCUAUAUUUUGAUUUGGAAGAGUGGUUUUCCAAUGCAUCAACUGUGACGUAUUUGAGAGGCUAAUCAGGUCAUUUGGAGCACUAAAUACUGUGCUGGCUUGAAUCGUUUGAGUAGAUCUCUUGGGCUCUCCGGGUUCCUUUUCUCACUAGAAGUAGCUGUCUUCGUUUAUCAUUUAUCAGUGUCCUUGUUUGGAUGAUCGAUAUUUCCACGUUUUGUGUGAUGAUGUCCAUGAUAUUGGGGGGUGUUCCAAUUAUAUAUGGGUUUUUGUCCCUGCUUUUUGCAUCACGAUACCCUUGAUUUCUAUCUUUUCUUUUUUUGUAUUUUGAUUCUUAAUUAUCUCCUUCCCUGAUAUCAAAUAUGCAGACUCCUUUCCAAAAACCACUUGAACAUUCCCGAUAAGAUGUUUGGCCUUAAUUGCUGUUGUUUCUCCCCUUGGACAACUGGCAAUGUGAGUUUGCUUGAAAAGAAUGUUAGAUGAUUCAUAGGAGUUGGGCUUGUUAUAUGAUCAUGUCAGUUUUCGCCUUUUGCCCGCAUUCUUUGGCCCAAUUGCUGUUUUGGGUUGAAUUUGAAGGACUGGAAUGUUGCACCAUAAAAGGUGCUAGAUAUUAUGCUGACUACUAAUAAUCAUUUACUUCUUUUUCCGAAGCACUGUCCCGUGGUAUUGAAUCAUCUAACAGAGUGUUGUAUGGAUCUACCGGCACUUCAUUCAAGGGUCAUUCCUUUGGGGUCUGGGAGACAUUGGAUGUUGUUAGGUUGUGUAUCUUUGCCUUGCUGUUAGGGCCCUUUAUGGGGAUUGGUGAGCAUCAUUGAGUACAAAUAUCAAAGAACAUGGGUUGCAUAUCACUGUACUUGUGAAGAAAACUUUUUCUGCAAUUCCACAUGUUAUUCUAUGAAGAAUGCAAUUGUUCACUGAAGUGAGAAUCAUGUCAAGUGACUGUUUAGCAUAAUUUCCUUGAGUAUCAGUAUAGCAAUUAGCCCAGGGUAAUAGCCUCCAAAAACAUUAGACCGGAUGACAUGCUAGCCACCCUCUCUCCAUGAUGAAUGAAACUGGAAUUUGAGCCAUAUUAGUGUCUUGGAAUUCUUUACUAAGAAUUUUUAUGGAUUGACAUGUACUUGUGUGGUUUACAGGGAGAGAUAUAAGCAGAUAAGAUGCAGUAGCAUGUGUGAAUUUUGAUUCUUCCUUAGGUGGUUGAUUCAAUUGAUUUGUUUUAUCAAUUGGUCAUCCAUUACAGUGCAAUUUGGGUGACGGCUCCUUGUCAUGCUUUGGACUUUCCAUUUGUCAAUUUAGUACAGAGCAUACACAGCAAAAGAAUUCAGGAAGUUGUGGAAGCUGAGCUUGAUUGGAAGGCAGUCAUAUUUUGAGCUUGCACUGUGUCAGUUUUAACUUUGCUUGAACGCACUCGUUUCAGGAAGCUGAACAUAUAGUAUCACUCAGCGGGUUUGGUGCAAUAGAUCCAAAGAAAAAACUGGCAGCCCCCACAAUUUUCAGAUUUUAAUGAAGGUGGAAGGCAUGCCACAAUCUGAAACUGAAGAGCUUGGACUUCCUCUUCUUGUUCAACGAUCUGGUGGUUCAAAAAUGGGUGUACCUAUCAAGAAAAGGAGAAUUCCAUUAGUUCGUUCUCCAUCUCCUCCCCCACGAGCAGCUUCUCCAACACCUGAAGACAUUGAGCAGCCACCGGAAGAGCGGUUAGGUGUAGGAUCUAAUGAGUCAAAUGCAAGUUCUCCACGUCACCUUGCAGGGAAAAUUAUCAGCAGCAAGGGAUCUUGUGAUGAAGAUUCAGUGAAUUUGGGUCAACGCAACGGACAUUCUACUCCCGUCCAUGUGUCUCCAUUUGGAGACUCUCUUGGGUUAGAAACUUCUCAUGUGCACAUUUCAGUAACAACUCCUAUUGAUGAGAAAGACCUCAUCAGAGAAGGAAAAAGUGAGGCAGAUGACAUGGCAAUUGUGGCAGAUGACAUGGCUGACCCUGAAGAUUCCAGACCUCCAGGCUCUGUAGAAGUGGGCACCUCCACCAGGGUAUCUAUGGACAGUCAGGUUGUUGAAGAAGGCUGCAUGGACCGAAGGGGAAUGAUUCAUAAUUCCGGGGAUUCUUCUUCAAGAGGAAACACAGAGACGGCAUGUGGUGAAAAAUUGGAUAAUGAUUCUAUCACGCUAAGAGAUGAUCAGGUUCCGGUUGUAAAUGAUGGUUCUGCAGGUGAAGAAGAAACUGGUGACAAAUCUGAAGAUUGUUAUUUCCCAAAUCAUUCCCAACGCACUAAUGUUUCUCCAAUUGCGGAUGUUCAAAACAAGGGGAAAGGUAUCUUGUUGAAUGUUGAUUCUGCACAGCCACGUGAAGAUAGGGCACACUGGGAUCUUAAUACCAUGAUGGAAACAUGGGAAAGCCCUUCACGGGACACAAAUAUGGAUCAUGAGUCUGUUAGUAUUGGAAUGGAUGGUGAUAACAUGCAUGAGAAGAGAAUGGGUCUUAUGGCUAAUUCUUGGAUGAAGAUGGGUCUUGGAGAACCAGAAGGCAUUCACCCAUUGUCAAUCAAGGAGAUGCUUCCUGCGCUCCAUGAUAUGCAUCAUAGUAAUGCCAUCAGCAAUGCAGAUAACACAACUCGUUACAAAAACAUUGGAGUAACCCACAUAGGUGCAGAUGUAUAUUCACCUGUGAUUGGUGAUCACAAAGUGGAUGUUUAUGAUGCAAGCAGGCAUACAGCAAUCCCUGAGGCAAUGUUGAAGGCAAGUACUCAAACAGGUGAUUCUAUGGUAGUUGAUGAUGAUAAUAGCCUUCAAAAUGAGAGUUCAACUGUACAAAACAGAUUGAGCAGUCCAAAUAAAUCAACAUCUGUUUGUGUGAGCCACUCCCAGGUUGAGGGAUCACAGUUUUCCUCUGAGGACAAAAUGGAGCUUAGUAACUUAGGGCCUACAUCAGCUGUAUAUGAUUCUGAGCAGGUUGAUUCUCUUCAAGUCAAUGACAAUUGUCAUAAAAUAAUGCCUGGUGGUGAAGCUUCUCGGCCUGAAACAGUUGCUGAGGGCAUUUCAAACCAUUCAGAAUCUCCUAGUACUAUUACUGUUGGAAUAGCUAAUAAUGGAGAACUUUUGGCCAAGGAUCAUAUUCUUGUUUCAGGUUCAAAUCCAGAGGACAAAACUAUAGCGGUCACUGAUGAUAACGUAGAAAUUUCCUAUGUAAAGGAUUCUGGUUCCACUAUGUUGAGAUCUGUUUUGUUGGAUGGGCCCCAGGAAAGUGGCCCUGGUCAUUCACGUGGCCUCAAUGACGGUUCUGAAAGCGACAAGGAAGAGAAGAUUAACAUAUCUGCUGACUCUUUAGAGGAUGAUCCCUAUGAUAGUGAGUAUGAAUCAGAUGAUGGUUCUCAAUACGUGGAUUCCGCGACAGAUAAGGUAGCUGAUGGACACGAUGAGGGUGAAGGUGAUGAUGAUGAUGGUGAUGCUGAAGACGAUGAUGAUCAGUAUGAAGAUGGUGAGUUGCGAGAGAGUUGGGAGGCAGAAGACAGGGAGAAGAGGAUUGAAGCUGAGCAUGCUGGCCUUGUAAAUAUGGAUAAUGGACCUCAGGAUCACAAUAGGGAUGAUUUUGCCUCAGAUCCAUCACAAUUGGAGAACAGUAGUAAAAAACCAGAAGAACCUGAUGAGAUAAAAAACAUUAAUGUUGUAUUGGUUCAGAGUAACAUUGUUUCACACAAAGAGGAGCAGAAUGAAGUCAUCAUAAGUACUCAACCGAGUGUUAAAGGAUCAGAGGUUUUGGGUGCUGGUAUUGGUAAUUCAGAAGGAUCCAUCGAUGACAAUAGAAGUGCUUCCGAGAACAAAAUAGGAGAUGAAGCAAAAAACAUUGAAAUAGAUAAAAGAUUGGAUCCUACAGCUAGUGCAAGUCGAGAGACACACAAUGAAGAUGGUCAGGUUGGUAUGGUGGGUAAGUUGGAAAAGGUCAAAAGCUUGAACUUAAGGGAUUCGUCACAUUCAGCUUCCUCAGGAACUAAAAUUUCUGCUGAAAAGCAUAUGGAUUCUGAUGAAGGGACAAAGACUGCUAAAAGUGCUGUCAAGGUUUACAAAAACCGUAUUAUCAGUUUGGUGCGGCCUUCUAAUGAAGCAUCAUUGGAGAAAAGUAUAUCUUCAUGCUCCCCUAGAGUUCAUCCAUUUCAGAGUGGGAGGGCGAGGUUUGGUGAUGCAUCAUUUAGAAGAGGCAAGUCACAGGGCCAUGAGAGCAGGGAUGAAAAUCUCUUAGGUGCACCGUCAAAAUUUGAAAGAGAUGGUGAAAGAGAUAGUUUGAGAUCCGAUAAUAUGCAUGUAAGAGGCAGGGGUGGCCGGCAAUUGGACUUGGACCCACCUAGUGGCAAAUGGGGCUCAAACAGGAAGAGCUACUCCCCAGAUCGCUAUCCUCCAUCUGAAUUUGGAAGCAUAGCAUCAAAAAAUGCAGUUGCUUUUGCUGCUGCAAAGAUUGAAAGAGAUGGUUUUGUUGUUGCUCAUGAUGGCACCGUUGUGAAGCCCGACUGGAUAGAAGAACCAACUGCUAGGACAAACAGAAGAUCUCUAAAUUCUGGGGGUCCACAAAGUGUGCACGAAACACAGUCUCGAAGGCGGUCUCCAAGUGGAAGAGGAGGGCCUGGUGCGUUUGGCAUGGAAUUAGCUCGUGCUCCAAUUAGGAAUAUUGAUCCUGAGAGAAUCAUAGGUGCAAGUAGAGACAGAGCAAUGGGGCGAGGUCCUGGUAUGGUGGUCGGGAGCCGCCGAGAAAAGUUUCGAGGGGCUUUGCCUCAGGAAGAUAUGGACCCUUCGUUCUUGCACCGUCGAUGUGAACCUUUUGAGUAUCCUAUUGUGAGGAGAGAGAGGAGCUUUUCACCUAUGCAAAAAAGGGAGUCUUUUCAUUUCUCUCGUGUUGAUGCAAUAUCUCCCUCAAGACCAAGGAGCCGUUCACCCCCAUUGUGGCCUUCCCAUCAUAGACGCUCAGCCGAAGGGGUUCAUGGGCAACCAGUGCGAAGGCAUAGUCGAUCACCUCCUCCUGAUUCUAGGUAUGGGACUGGACUGCAAAGGAUGAGAUCACCUCGACAACAUCCUCGAUUUCAAGAAGAUAUGAUGGAUAUAGUUUUAUCUUCUGGAAGACAUGAUGCGCCUGCCCAUUCAGCCAGAUGGUCUGAUGAUGACUUGAGAGAUUUUCGUCAUAACAAGCAGCACGGUUAUUCUAAAUCUUACAUUGCUAAUAGAAACCCACCCGGUAGGUUAUCCCCAAGAGGUCGGAGGUACCCUCCCUCGGAAUCUCCAGAAAGGAUGGAUGCUCGAGAGUAUUUUAAGCCUGUGCCUUCAAGGCGAUUCGAGUUUGGUGCUGGUGGUCGAGGAAUGGAAGAUGAUGGAUACGUUGAGGUAGGAAGGGGCUAUCGAGAGAGACAUGGAAUGGUUCGUUCUUUGAGGCCCUAUAAUAUGGGUUCUGAUGUUGAGGGCCACCUCUUUCAUAUGGAAGAUGGGUUCAGGCCGUAUGGUUCUCGUAAUGAAGGCAAUACAGAGUUGCAUGGAAGAAGUGAAUCAAGGGAUUAUGAUGGGCGCCUUAAGGAUCGGCUUGGGAACAACCCCCGGAAACUGAGAAGCAGAGAAGAGGAGGAAGAUGAUUCAAAGUUUGGCAGACAUGGAUGGCGCAAUGCGAAUUUUGAAUUUUCAGGUGUAUGUCCGGAUGAUGAUGUUGUCCCACCAUCAAAAAGGAGGAGGUUUUGAUGAUUAUUUGUUAAAUUAUAGUUGUGGACUUGGGAACCUUGUUCAUAUAUUGCAUAAUAUCAACAUAUUGCAGAGUUUCCUUGGUAUAGUUUUUUUGGGCUGUGGUAUCAAUUUCUUCUGUCUUGAUUUACAUCAAAAACUUGCUUGCUUUAAAUAUGCGAUACCGGUAAGAUGAAUUUCUUGGUACUGGAUUUGCUUGUACGAUCUCCUCCAACAUGGAUCUGGUUUUUAUUCAUCUCUAAAUGGGUUGUCUAAGCGAAAAUUUCUUUAUCUUUGGUUGAAGACAAGGUUUGUGGCAUGAAUCAGAGAAUUUACCAUUAGGCUAUGAAAAGGUUACCUCUUUCCAGAAUGUUCUGCGAAUAUCAUCAAUUCUGGGGGCCAGCCAACAGUGGUAUUAUGUGAUAUUUUGCUGCUUAUUCUAAUGAUCAUAGGAAGAUCAACUUAUCUCACUAGGAUGAAGUCCUGCUUUUGGGAUCCUGUGAGGCCUACAACUAUGGUUUUCACAGUUCUUGUUUAUUCAACAAUCACUAACAUGGCCUUGCUUUAACAGUCUGUACAGAAAUAAUGUGUUUGUCCAAUUUCAUACUUUUCCUCGGAAUCUUGUACAAACUGUUUCUGAAUUCCAGGAUCACUUUUGGUCAAUUUACAUGCAAGUUACUUUUGAUUUUCUUUUAA